AUGGAUUCCAGAUGCAUGCAAAUAGCUGCCCUGGGAAGACCUCUGUAUCCUGGCAUGUUAUAUGAUUGCCGGAACGACUCCUUUAUUCCAGGUGUGACUUUAUGGGAUAAAAUUGCAUUGAGUGAUGACAUUGAUGUUCAUAAAAAGCCUAAAUCACAUCUGAAAUUUGCUGCCUCUGAUAGUCUCAGUGAUAAGGCAAAGCUCCUAGAUAUAAGCGCUUCCCUUAAAGCCAGUUUCCUAUGUGGGUUGGUGGAGGUUGGAGGAUCGGCCAAGUACCUGCAAGAUACCAGAUCUUCAGCACGUCAGUCCAGAGUUACUAUGCAGUACAGCCAGACAACAACAUUUGAACAGCUCACUAUGAAGGAGCUCGGUAAUAUCACCUACCCACAAGUAUUUGAUCAGAAAACAGCCACUCAUGUAGUUACAGCUGUACUGUAUGGAGCUCAGGUUUUCAUGGUGUUUGAUUAUACAAGUGCAGAAAAUGAGAACAAACAGGAAAUUGAAGGAAACCUCCAUGCAGUGGCCAAGAAGAUCCCUACCAUUUCCAUUGAGGGUCAAGCAUCCCUUAACAUGACUAAAAAUAAAAAAACAAUGUCUGAGAAUAUUAGUGUCACAUUACAUGGUGACAUUAAACUUGAAGAAAACCCAACCACAUAUAAGGAAGCUCUGGAUGCGUACAAGAAGGUGCCUGAACUGAUGAAGCAAAAAGAUAAAGGUGUGCCUCUGACAGUGUGGCUGUAUCCUCUCUAUCUUUUGGAUGAUAAGGCUGCAAAGUUGGUGAGAGAAAUCAAUUCAAACCAGGAGUGUAAAACAGAACAUUUGCUGGAGGAACUCAGUGAAAUGGAGAGAAUAUGCAAUGAUUUGUUGAAAAGACAAAUAACAGAUGAUUUCCCUGAUCUAAAAGACAAGUUGGAAAAGUUUCAGGUAUUACACAGAAAUUAUACAAAUACAAUCCAGAAGGCACUAUGCAGAGUUCUGCCAGCUAUUCGUGAUGGGACACACAAGGACAAGGCACUGGGGGACAUCCUGAGCAUCCAUUACACAUCACCCUUCAAUGUAAGCAUCAUUAACAAAUGGUUAGAUGACAUUAGAACUGAAUUGAAUAUUCUGAUCUCCUAUACAUUUGGGUUGAAGGACCUCAAAGUUGUGAAAUCAUCAGGGUCAUUAAAUUCCAUCUGUUUUCAUCCUGAUGUUGAUGUGGUGGUAUGUUUGUCAUUUACAUCUCUAAAUCAUGAUGACUCCUACAUAGCAGCUUUCCAGGACUUUAACAAAUCUGAAGAAUUUAAAAUGUUGGGGAAAACAAGUGAGAGAGUUUCCAUUCUCCAAGCAGCCCAGCCUUGGUUCACUUCUCCUGACAUUUCUGCAAGGAUGAGGCAGAAUCUUUCUCUCUUUACCUCAUUUUUAAAGGCCAAUAAAAAUGCAAAAAGAAUCAAAUUCAUCAUUGCCUCCAUAUCAGAUCCCAGCAAUCCAGGAUCCUCAAUCCAACUUUAUCAGAAUGGCUCUCUGACAGAUCCUAAGUUCCAGCCUGUAUCCAAACCUCCCAAACCUGAAGUGGAGACCAGUGAUGGGAAAGUUACCCUGAAGCUUACAAAAUCCCCAACUGGAGAGACUUUACACUUCCGAGUUGAGUACAGGAUGACACCUUCAAAUGUUUCAGCAGCUGAUGAUGAGGAAUGGACACUCAUAGACAUGUCAAAUGCACAGAACACCUUCACAUUGACUGGACUAAAGCCAACAGAACAAUACUGGGGCCGAUACAGAGCUGUUAGUGAUGUGGGAGUGAGUGAAGCCAGCGACUCUGUCCCCUUCACCUUUCAAGGGAAGCUCACUGUCAAAGUAGGCCAAUGGAAUGGACCGAAUUACCUUCAUGACAUCGCUUUCCACUUCAAUCCCUGUAUGGACUGUGUGGUCCUUAACAGCUGCAGGAAUGGGAAAUGGGAGAAUGAAGAGUUGCCACAAGCAGACACAUUUGUCCAAGAAGCAGCUUUUGAUAUCAUUAUGGUUAUUAACCAAGAAUGCUAUAAGGUGCUGGUGAAUGGCCUGGAAUACUGCACGUUCAAGCACCGUAGACCGUUGGACACAGUGACUGCAAUUUCUAUUAAAGGAGACAUCUUCAUGAACACCUUUGCCAUUAUUAAAAGCCUGCUAAUUUCGAAAUUCACCGGGAAAUUUCUAGAAAAGUGUGAACUCGAAAAAAACCCCACCACAUAUAAGGAUGCCCUGGAAGUGUACAAGAAGGUGCCUGAUCUGAUGAAGCAACAAGGUAAAGGUGUACCUCUGACAAAGGCGCUACGCAGAGUGCUGCCAGCUAUUCGUGGAGGGACACAAGAGGACAAGGCACUGGGGGACAUCCUGAGCAUCCAUGACACAUCAUCCUUCAAUUAUGAUGACUCCUACCUAGCAGCUCUACAGGACUUUGAGAACUCUGGAUCAAUUAAAAUGUCAGGGGAAACAAAUCCUAAGUUCCAGCCUGUAUCCAAACCUGUAGUGGAGACCAUUGAUGGGAAAGUUACCCUGAAGCUAUCAAAAUCCCAACUGGAGAGACUGUACACUUCAGAGUUGAGUACAGGAGGACACCUUUCAAAUGAUCAGCAGCUGAUGUUGAGGAAUGGACAGUCAUAG